AUGGUUAAGUUCAUGCAAAUUAACUUAAACCACUAUGAAGCAGCACAUGAUAUGCUGAAGCAAACGACGAGGGAACAAAACAUUGAUGUAGUCAUCGUAAGCGAGCCAUACAGACUCCAUGGCGGCAACAACACGACCUGUAGUACGCAAAGAAAAGCGGCGAUUUUGCUAAGUAGCGUGCGACCGCUGCAAAUGUCUCAAACCCGGGCUUUUGCACAUUUUGUACGGGCUAAGAUAGACCGGUUCUGGGUGUAUAGUUGUUACAUGCCACCUAGCAUCAAUCACCAAGAAUUUUGCGCAGCGCUGGAUGAGCUGGCUACCGACGCAAGAAGCCACAGCCCACUCAUUAUAGCUGGUGAUUUCAACGCGUGGUCCUUAGAGUGGGGCAGCGUCUCGAACAAUGCUAGAGGCCUACUAGAUAUUGCCCUGCUAAACAGUGGCAAUCAAAAUACAUUCAGCCAAACGGGUGUAGGAUCGGUCAUUGACCUCACUUUUGUCAGCAGCAUUUUUCGGCGCUCCUCUUGGAAAAUCGGCGAAUUCUACACGGCUAGCGACCAUGAGGCGAUCCUUUUCAAGAUCGGAGGAUCAAUCCGUCAGCGAGAUGUGCAUCCGGUGGCAUGUAAAACGUACAAAGCGGAUACCCUGAAUGUUCCCCAAUUCACUGCCGCUAGAGUAGAGUAG